UCCUGCUAGCUUACCGCCGCGGUCUAAACACCAGCGGCGGCUCCUGUCCGACUCCCCGCACAACAACAAACACGCUUCCCUCGGCAGGAAGAGAAACGAGAGAGAGAAAUAAAGAGAGAGAGAGACUGUGAAGAAAUGUAACAUGUUUAUUUGUCAGCGGACAUGUUCGUAAAGUUACGGGUUUGUGGAUAAGACGGUUUUAAAAAGGGACAAAGAGUCGUCAACGGUCGUGUCCAGAUUUUGUUAGCAGACUUUAAAGAAGAGAGCAGCAGCUGCCCCCCGACUGACUGACUGUCCACUACAACCGUACAAGCCUGGGAUAUCAGCGAGAAGAAGAGAGAAUGAAGAUCCUCUCACCGGUGUGAGUUCCUGGGAUGCUCGACCGACCUUUACCUCAUGCUUUUCUAAGGCCUCCAGAAGCUGAAGACAGGGUGUCAUUGACAGAUUUACUCCGCAACUGAAACGCCCACAGCUGCAUCAUCACAGCAAGUUCAGCCUGUCUCCUCUUCUGUGCGAUCCUCAUCGGAGAGCGAGUGACCCCUCUGAGCUGCCACCAUGGCCCUGGUUCAGGCUCUGCCCGUCUCUGCUGAGCCCCACAACCCCGGCCUGAGUGGAGGAGCCCGCAGGAGACACCCCUCCAGCUCUUCACCCCCCAUCAACGCUCCGCCCUCCACUGUGGAUCCUAUGGGCUCCGUCAGCAGCCUCAUCGCCACGCGCCCCGGCCACUACCAGGACCACCGUUCAGGUGUCGAGCUCGGAGCCAGGGGCCGCUGGCCCACACCAGGAGCCCCCUGCCUGGGCUCCGAGUCUCCCCAGGACCCCUUACUGCAGACCAUCCCUCCUCUGAAGAAACAGAGCUCCACCACUUCUAGCAGGGGGUUGGAGAAGGAGAGCGGGAAUGGGAACUAUACCUAUGUGAAUGAGGACUAUGUAGGAGACUGGAACGAUAACCACGUGACACCCGUCAGUCCAGGAAGUGAGAUAGACGAGAUUAAAGAAGGAUCAGGGCUGAAUGAGAAUAUGGGGGGACCUCCUCCAAAACUGAUCCCCGUGUCUGGAAAACUGGAGAGGAACAUGGAGAAAACAGUGCUGCGGCCCACUGCCUUCAAACCUGUCAUUCCUAAGAACCGUACUUCAAUGCAGUACCUCUCCCCUCGCCACUGUGCCAACGCAUCGGAAAGCCAAAACAACCUGAACCUGCUCAGCCCGACCCACAGAGAAGUGUCACCCUCCUCCAACGAGAAAUGCAACCUGUACAGCAGAGUCCGAAGCAGCGGCAGCAGCCAGUCCUGUCAGAUGUCUGACUCUGAACGCACCUCGCUCUCCGGCCUCCCACCGUACAGCACCGCCAGCUACACCCAGACAUCAGGAGAGGCCUCUGUCGGCCACCUGGAGCCCAUGAAGAGCGCUCCGCCCGUCAGCGGACACGGACACUCCAACUCUGACAGCGGGCGCUCGUCUUCUAAGAGCACAGGUUCCGGCUCGCUGAGCGGUCGAGGACAGCCUCUGUCUGACAGCGGGUCCAGCGGGCGCUCCCCGGGCCCGGUGGAGGGUUAUGAGGGGGUGGUGAGAGACCUGGAGGACAAGCUGAGGGAGAGAGAGCUGGAGCUGCAGCAACUCAGAGAAAACCUGGACGAGAACGAAGCCGCAAUCUGUCAGGUUGGUAAAACUCACUCCAGUGUUUCCUUUUUUCCCCCCACAAUUUUUUGCAACUGUAAAAUCAGUGCGUGUGUAUUUCAAAAUCAAAAUCUGUUUUUAAUAUUUAAAUCAAGGACUGUGGGUAAAUUUGACACUGUCGGUCUGUGUUUGUUGCAGGUGUAUGAGGAGAAGCAGAAGCGCUUCGAGCUGGAGCUGGAGGAGCUGCGACAGGGCUGUGCCACCAGGAUGCAGGUAGCCUCGCAGAAGGCCCAGCGAGCGCAGCAGGUGCUCCAGCUGCAGGUGUAUCAGCUCCAGCAGGAGAAGAAGAAGCUGCAGGAGGACUUUGCUCAGCUCCUGAAGGAGCGGGAGCAGCUGGAGGAGCGCUGCUCCUCCUACGAGCACGAGAAGAUCCAGCUGGGGCCUCGACUGGAGGAGAGCAAGUGGGAGGUCUGUCAGAAGUCGGGGGAGAUCUCGUUGCUGAAGCAGCAGCUGAAGGAGGUGCAGGGGGAGUUAGCCCAGCGGGUGGGAGAGAUCGUGUCGCUGCGGGGUCAGCUCAGAGAGACUCGCGGCGAGCUGACAAACACCCAGGUCCUCCUCCAGGAGGCCCACGGCAACACCCGCACUCGAACCCUGGAGCUGGAGGUGUGUGAGAACGAGCUGCAGCGCCGCAAGAGCGAAGCUGAGCUGCUCAGAGAGAAGGUGGGACGUCUGGAGGGAGAGCUGGUUCAUCUCAGAGAUGCUCUGGCCAAUCAGGGCCCAGGAAACAGACAGUGUCAGGUGUUCCAGGAGACAGAGGAGCACCUGCUGGCCUACGAGAGCGACGAGGCGAAGGCCCAGCGGCAGAGCAGCACCGAGGCCCUGCAGAACAUGAAGGUGCAGAUGGACAGGAUGAGGGCCGAGCUGACCUUCGAGCGUCAGCGCGCCGAGCAGCAAACAGGAAACUUUGAGGAGGAGCGCAGGAUAUGGCAGGAGGAGAAGGACAAAGUGAUCCGCUACCAGAAACAGCUGCAGCAGAACUAUGUGCAGAUGUACCGCAGGAACCGAGAGCUGGAGCAGCUGCUGCAGGAGCUCAGUCACGAACUGGAGAGCAGAGAGGAGGACGAGGGCAGCGGCAACGAGAUCAACUUUGAUGAGAUCGCCGCCACUGAAAUCUGACCCUCGUGUCUCCCCGUCUUUUGAUUUGCACUACUGUCAGCUAAAGGUUUUCUCACCCACAUGCACACGGAUCUAAUCUCAACAGAAUAUUACAGAUUGGUUUCACAAAUGUAAAAAAACAAACACAUCUGCAGUGUAAAAUCAGCUACACUUUAGUCCUGCCUCACUGGUCUGUUCUCUGAGGAGUCCCACUUGAAAGCCGGUGACGUCUAUUAGUCAUUAGUAGGCCGCCUCAGUCGUCUGCUCCUCCAUUAACGUCUCCGUUAGUGUUAACGAAUCAUCCCGGUUCCUCCGUCACAGUUUCAGGCAUUUGUUGUGAGUGAGUAACUUCUCCCAAACUUUAACCAUCCUCCUUGCAUUGGAGAUGACUCCACCCUCCCCGCUGGGUUUAGCGCCACACACCCACUCUGUGUGAGCGGUCAGCUCUCAUUAGUGCCGCUAAUUUGGACGGAGCCCACGCUGUUGUCAGUCGACGGUAAACGUGGGAUUACACAUUCAGUGUGUCACGAUGAGAGAGUGAAUCAGAGCGAGGUGGUGAUGAUGAUGAUGAUGAUGAUGUGGAGAGAGUUAUGUUGUUUUUCUCAAAACCACUCGAGCCUUUCUGUAAACUAACAUGACCAACAAGUUAACAGAAGAUGUUUCCAAAAGACGUCAACUGCCUCAAAUCAAAACAGAAGAAGAAUGGAUGUUACAAUCAUAUAUGGCUUGAAUAAGUUGUUGUUAAGCAGACAGAAUUAGAUUCUGUUUGAAGCGUCUCAUCCUGGACUUCACUCUAAAUGAUGGAAACAAUAUCAUGAACAUCGAUGGAGUCUGAUGUAAUUAAACCCAGUAACAUCUGGAACAAAUACGAUCUGAACGGCUGACAUUCAGUACACGUCAGCUUUUCUGACAAUGAGAUUAAAUCGCUCUCCCUGUAGUGCAGGAGCUGCAGAUAUGGAUCAAAUCCUCUGAAAUACUGGAGCCGAACAUCAUGACUUUGUAAAUGGUCAGAAAAAUCAAUUGGUCUUUUUUCACAGCAGACAUUUUUGCACACGUCAUAACAGGAAACAUUGAUUUGUGUGUACUGGAUCACAGUGGUGGCUUACUGGGACACUGAAGCCUUGUUCACACAUGAUAUGAUAUAUUUUAAAAUUCUGUCCACACAGCCUCGGUUGUACAACGUAUCUCUGCACACACAAGAACGCAAAAACGAUCCCACAGGCUCAACCAGGCAUGCUGGGCUCGUAGGCGGCGAUAGUCCGCUACGCAAACAAUACGUCAAACACCAGACAAGAACAUUCUGAUCAUCCCGAGAAAACUUCUCUCCAGAUAAAAUGCUCCAGAAUGAUAGAACACAGCACAGUGAAGUCGUAAACUUGAAAUUAGACCUCAAACUUGAAACAAACUGGUCGUCCACUGUUGCUGCUUUAGGCGCGUGCUCAUUAGAAGAAACCAAAACAAGUCAUUUAAAAGGUAAUUGUUUUCCCAAACCCUCAGAUGCAUACGGACACGAGGCUUUAAUAAAACUGAGCCAUGUGUAACGUGACGUGUUCGACCGUCUGCUGUGGGAAAGACAGAAAACCGAAGCAACUAAAUAUUAAGUAUCCAUCGUUCAUGGAAUUAUUUCCAUUUGCUUUUUCUAUAGUGACACUUUAAAAUGUCCUCCAUGAAACAGUCCAAGUGGGAAACUGUUUAAAAGAUGUUUAUUUUCUUCUAUUAACUGAAGUCAAUAUCUGACACCCGCCAAAUCUAACUGGGUGACUUCAUCACAUAAAUAUCCAACAUGGCCAGAAUAUUCUCGUCACUCAUUCCCACUGUUCUGAAUUAACCAGGUUUCUUCUGGCUUCAUGAACGCGCUCUGUACUGACGCACACCCACGAUGGCUCUUUUAUCUGGUAAUUACAGAAAUGACACUUUCUCUCUGUAAGAGGUGAUUAAAGUUUGAUGACUGUGUGGGUGAAGCGUUACUCAGACUUUAUUUGACAUCGCUGAAAGGGAACCAUGCACUGAACAUUUGGUGUUUUGACCGCGGCAGGACAGUUUGUUUUUUUGUUUUUUUUCCAGUUAUAGGACCAGCUUCACGUGUAUUUACUUUCCCUGUACAACAUGUUUGUUGCCCCGUCACUGCUGAUUGAAUCGUCGUCCUCUGUAAAUAACCCCCGACCAUCAUAAAGUCUUCUUCCAGAGAUGUCUCGUCCAUCUCGCAAAUAAAAACAUAGCCACUGUGAAUAGACCAAAGCAAUGUCGCACAUUAUAUUUUGCUCUUACAGAUACGACGCCUGUAUAUGUACGUGUGUGUUUGUGUGUGUGUGUGUGGAUGUUUUGUUCUGGUUCCUCUGUAUAAUUUUAUAAUCCACGAUAUUUGUAUGAAGACAUUAAAUGUAUAUUUUCAUGCUGUACAUUUCUUGAACACUGUUUUUAAUUAAAAAAGGCAAAAAAUG